AUGGCAACGCGGUCAAUACUGGUUCUCCACGGGUAUGCCCAAAAUGGUUCAAUCUUCAGCAAACGACUAGGAGCACUUCGCAAGCAAUGUGGGAAGGAUAUAGACUUGGUCUUCGUCGACGGACCACACAUUCUGCAACCUGUGGACCUACAGUUUAAUACGGCUUCCGUAACGCAAUCGACAGAAAGUACGCUUUCUGCGUUUGGUGCCUCAGAAGCCAAGAAUUCCGAGGAUCCGUCUCUCACCCCUCGGGGCUGGUACAAAACCAAUCAUGACAGGACGAGAGCCAUCGGACUCGAGGAUUCGCUUGUGUUCCUGAGAGAUAUCCUCAAGGAGAGGAAAUUUGAUGGCGUUUUUGGAUUCAGGCAUCCAAGGAGCAGCGUUGGCCGCCUUCCUGUCAGCUUUAAAAAACCAGAAGCAUAUCCUCCAUUCCUUGUUGACGGGAAAGCCCCACAUCCUCCGUUCCAAUUCUGCAUUUCCGUGGCAGGCUUUAAGAUAGCCGAUCCACUAUCAGACACCGUAUACAACCCAACUUAUGCCACUCCAACGCUGCACGUCAUUGGCAGGACGGACAUUAUAGUCACCGAAGAACGGGCGAAUGGUCUGUUGAAAGUUUCAGCUAAUAAACGAAUCGAAGGUCACGAUGGCGGCCAUUUUGUACCCUCGAAAACCAACUGGCGCAAAUUUCUCGUUGCUUACCUGCGCGAUCCGCUAGGCAAUGUACCCUCACCCAGUAACAUUUCCUCAACCCCCAAUUCCGGAACCGCAACACCCGCCGCCACCGAUUGA